AUGGAUCGUCAUCUUCUUAAUCAAGGUCCCACUGACUCGACUCCUGCCUUCAAUAACAACACUCCCACAUCAACACAACCCUACACUCUAGACCGACAACCGACUGGCAAUAUUGGACAGAAGUCGGAGACAAGCUCUAACAGUGAGAGGUCUUUCGUCGCCCGCAACAUGUACCGUGGCAAUCAACGCAGCGGCCCCAGCGGAUAUCGUGGUGGUAGAGGUGGCGAUCGUACAUACUCCGACAGCUCUGGUAGUUCCAACGGCCAGCACAACCCGAAUCGACCGACGCUCAAGGCCAAUCCAGGUUCAAAUUCAACUCAGGUUCCUCAAAAUCGUGUAGCAACUCCCGAGCAGUUGGCCAAUUCAUCAGCCAGUGUGGAAUCACCUGUUACGCCUGUCAAACAGAUCUCUUCGUUCGACUUGAACGGCCACAAUAUCAAUGAGACAUACAUUGCGGGUACCCGUACUGGAUCAAACCCUCCUAUCAUGAGGUCACCAAUUAACAGCCCACCGAGACAGAUUACUCGAGCAUCUCAUCAGUACGGAGAUAACCGCCCACGCUACAACUCGGUCGAUCAGCGCAACUUACAGCGACCAAUGCUGAGAGAUGGAGCCCAGAAUUGGGCCUACAACCAGGAAGGCAAGAUCAAACUUUUGGAUAUACCCAAGAACUAUUGGACAAAGGACAUUUAUCGCACGAUGGCAUCGUUUGGCACCGUCUUCAGCAUCGAUAUGGUCCCUGGCACUCGAGACAAUACCGCUUAUGUGAUCUUCCGACCUCCCCCUCUCGGUGUUAUCCCAUAUCGGAACCUACGUCUCGGUGCCGCUCUCAUACGAUCCGAGACACUUUCUCCCCAUGUCAAGACCGUUCCUAGCCCUGCUAAUCCCACAAAAACAUACUAUGAGUUUAACAUCUUGCCAUUGCAGGGGAUCGAUUUCGGCGUCAGGGUCGCAGAAAAGAGCAUGAUCGCUAUGUGUACCUUAAGUUCGUCAGAUGAAGCAGCCGCCGCCACAACAAACACCACAGAAGACUUCAAACCUUCUGUGAUGCUGAACUUAACCCGCAAAGAGCUCGAUGUUCAGUUUCCUAUCAAUAUUGAUGAUGAGCUGCGCAAGUUUCGAUUUCGUUUGCCAAUCCCUCUACUCUCGCGUAUCUACCAGACCACCAACGAGAUCACAGGUCGACCGGCUUUGGUCAUUCCGUUCGACUCUCCACCACAGUUCUACAUGCAGAUGAAGGAGGGCGAAAGCCUUGGGGAUGGAACAAAGCACACUAGCUUCUCUGAAGAGAAGUUCUGGAACGAUUGGGGCACCUGGUUCCGAGCGACUGAUAUAGUCAACAACACGAUCAAGAAGACGUUACAGGAUUCACCAUUGAUGAACCACAAGGACACAGCUAUUAUUGAUAUUGGCCGAUGGACCACUUAUCGCAUGAGCUUCGACGCAGCAGUCAUAAAUGGGCUCAAAUUCAAGGAAUUCAGUAAUGCUCUUGCCGAUCAUGGCGUUAUGAUUGAGAACCUUGAGGAGUACACAGUCAAAGAAAAGGCUGCAUCGCUUCUAUGGUCUCUGCUACAGGAAGAGAUAUCCGGCACUCACCCGCAUCUUGGAUCGACGCCCACUUCGAAGGGAUCAGUAUUCGACGACCUCUUCGCUGGUCAGAUUCAUCUCAACUUCCCAGUUCGGUAUCAGCUCGAGGCUUGCCUGUCGAAUGGCUACUUGAAAGAACAUAACAUGACGAGCGACUUCCUGGAGAAGCUCGCGGCGUUGGAGCCUCGUCGUGCUGUCUAUAUACUUGAGAAAGUAGUCGACAAACAACACACGUACUACGAUCCGAUGGAGAUAUUCAACAUCCGGGUCAAACACCUCGAGAAGAAAGUUCCUAAUUACUGCGUCCUCCAGCGAUCGGUCACGAUUACUCCAACCAUGAUGCAUGUCGCAUCACCUAUCAUGGAGACUUCUAAUCGCAUCAUUCGUAAGCAUGCUGCGGACAGUGAUAGGUUCAUCCGAGUAAAGUUCUCCGAUGAAAAAACCGAAGGUCAACUCCGCAAUAUGCCAAACGGAAGAGCUGAAGCUACAUUCGAUAGAGUACUCCGUGCCAUGAAACAUGGCAUCGUUGUCGCAGGAAGAUACUACGAAUUUCUAGCAUUUGGCAACUCACAGUUUCGCGAACACGGCGCAUACUUCUACGCACCUACUUCAUCUAAGUCUGCUGAUGACAUCCGUGUCGCACUAGGAGACUUCAGUCACAUCAAGACUGUGGCAAAAUUCGGUGCUCGUCUGGGUCAAUGCUUCUCGACCACCCGCGAGAUGCCAGACAACGUCAAGGUCAUAGCUAUUCCUGAUAUCACGCGCAACGGCUAUACCUUCACAGACGGAGUCGGUAAGAUAUCGCUCUUCUUAGCUAAAAUGGCUGCCCAAGAGCUCGGACUGCCAUUCGAUGCUCCGCCGUCUCUGUUCCAGUUUCGCCUCGGUGGUUGCAAAGGAGUGCUUGCACUCGAUCCCAAGAUCACUGGCCGUGAGGUCCACAUCAGACCGAGCCAACAAAAGUUUGCUGCACCCCACCACGGUCUCGAGAUCAUCCGGUCGUCAUCCCUUGCCACCCCAUUCUUCAAUCGUCAAAUCAUCAUCGUACUUUCAUGUCUCGGUGUACUCGAUAACGUUUUCAUCAGGAAACAGCAGGAAAUGAUCAACGAUUAUGAGAACGCUAUGGUAGAUCAAACGCUGGCUUUACAGAAGCUUCAGAAGCACAUCGACAUGAAUCAGACUACCCUAACGAUGGCGGGCAUGGUACUGGAUGGGUUCAUGAAAGCCCAAGAUCCCUUCAUCAUGUCUCUUCUUAAACUCUGGAGGGCUUGCACCAUUAAAAAUCUUAAGGAAAAGGCUCGUAUCGCUAUUGAAGAUGGUGCAUUUGUGCUUGGAUGUGUCGACGAGACAGCAACGCUUCGAGGUCACAUGAACGAUCCCCAGUCUAGACUUGAUGCUACGAGGAGUGAGAAGAUGGCAACACUCCCAGAGAUCUUCUUACAAGUUGACGACACCAGCAAGAUGGGCCACUACAAGAUUGUUGAAGGCGUGUGUAUCCUGGCGCGAAACCCAUCACUGCAUCCAGGAGACCUUCGAGUGGUCCGCGCAGUGAAUGUGCCGAUGCUCCAUCACCUCAAGAAUGUUGUCGUGCUGCCUCAGACUGGAGAUCGAGAUCUCGCCAACAUGUGUUCCGGUGGUGACCUUGAUGGCGAUGAUUAUAUGGUACUGUGGGACGCCGACCUGAUACCCGAAAUUGUCAACGCACCACCUAUGGAUUUCACGGCUGAGAAGCCCGUUGAAACCGAAGACCCAAUCACCGCUUCGCAUAUCGGAGAAUUCUUCGUCACUUACAUGAAGAACGACUCUCUUGGUCAGAUAGCGCACGCGCAUCUAGCACAAGCCGACUCUCAAGCCGAGGGUGUAAACGAUGAGAAAUGCCUAGCCUUGGCCGAGCUGCACUCCAAGGCUGUCGAUUUCCCGAAGAGCGGCUUGCCGGCUGAGAUGACGCGUGAGUUAAGGCCGUGGAAGUGGCCACAUUUCAUGGAGAAGAAGCAUAUUCCAGAAAAUCGGAUCUAUCGUUCAAAGAAGAUCCUGGGGAUGCUAUAUGAUCAGGUUCAGUUGGUAGACUUCAAGCCGCAGUGGGAGAACCCAUUUGACGAGCGCAUCAUGAAUGCAUUCGAACUCGAAGACGACAUGCUAAGUAAAGCAACAGAACUCAAGGCAUCAUAUGACGAGUACAUGCGCCGUUUGAUGGCCAAACAUGGUAUCCAGACCGAAUUUGAAGCCUGGUCAGUCUUUGUCCUCUUACACAAUCACGAAAGCAGAGACUACAAAUUCGCAGAAGAAUUUGGUAAGGCGAUUGGAGCCUUCAAAUCACAAUACCGAGAGCAGUGCCGAGCUGCUGCAGGACUAGCUAUCGGAGGUAUCACCGACGGGAAUGUUUUAGAGAAAUUCGUUGUUGCAAUGUACACGGUUACCGCUAAAGAGAUGGAGGCAGCACUGGUCGAGUGCCGAACGAAGACGAAGACUGUGGGCGGUCAACAAGUUCGAGUGCGGCCUAUGGAGCAGGAGCAUAUGCCCCUUAUAUCUUUCCCCUGGCUGUUUCCUAGCGAGCUAGGCAAGAUCGCGAAUGGCGGAAUCAUACGUCAGCCUGACUCUUUGAUUACUCAAGUUAUGCCAACCCGACAUAAGAAGCACGUCGGAGCGAGCAUAGCUGCAGAGACUGAAAUGGGAGUUGUCGAAACCGAAGCAGGAAUCGCGCGUUAUGGGGACUUGUUGGAUUUGGACUUUGGUCUGAGCAAGGAUGGAGGUGGGUGA